CCACAGCCAAAAUGACGACCGUACAAAAGAUCAAGGAAAUUGAAGAUGAGAUGGUGAGAACCCAAAAGAAUAAGGCCACGAGCUACCACUUGGGACAGCUCAAGGCCAAGCUCGCCAAGCUAAAGCGCGAACUCAUCACCCCCGGCGGUGGGGGAGGUGGAGGUGGCGGAGGCGUGGGCUUCGAUGUAGCGAGAACAGGUGUUGCCUCCGUGGGAUUCGUCGGCUUCCCUUCAGUGGGCAAGUCAACACUCAUGUCAAAACUAACGGGAACGCAUUCGGAAGUAUCAGCGAUCGACUUCACGACACUCACGACAGUGCCCGGAACGGUCAAGGUUCACGGCGCGCCCAUACAGAUCCUCGAUUUGCCUGGUAUCAUCGAGGGUGCCGCCGACGGUCGUGGUCGUGGUAAACAAGUCAUCGCCGUCGCUCGCACCUGCAACCUCAUCUUUAUCGUUCUCGAUGUCCUCAAGCCCCUCGGUGACAAGAAAAUCAUCGAGGCCGAGCUCGAGGGCUUCGGUAUCCGCUUGAACAAGCGUCCUCCACAGAUCCUCGUUCGCAAAAAGGACAAGGGCGGGAUCGCCAUCACCAACACCGUGCCCCUCACAAAUAUCGAUCACGAUGAAAUCAAAGCCGUGUUGAGCGAGUACAAGAUCAGCAAUGCGGACGUCGCCAUUCGGGAACCAAAUGCUACGGCAGAUGAUUUGGUGGACGUGGUUGAGGGGAACCGGGUGUACAUUCCGGCGAUAUAUGUUCUCAACAAAAUCGACGCCAUCUCCAUCGAAGAACUCGACCUCCUCUACAAGAUCCCCAACUCCGUCCCCAUCUCCUCCGGCCAAUGGAUGAACAUCGACGAGCUCAUUGACACCAUGUGGAAGGCACUCGACCUCGUGCGCGUGUAUACGAAGCCGCGGAAGCUGCCCCCAGAUUACACGCAGCCGGUCGUGCUGAAGCGCGGGAAGUGCACGGUGGAGGAUUUCUGUAAUUCGAUCCACAAGGAGAUUGCGAAGCAGAUGAAGUUUGCGAUUGUAUGGGGAGCUAGCGCAAAACAUUCGCGAGGGCAGAAGGUUGGCCUGGAUCACGUCUUGGAGGAUGAGGACGUCGUCCACAUUUCCAAGAAGUAAACCAUGUAUCCGUAGUAUCUUGUAUCUUACCACUCACUUGUAUCCUUCCGCUCAGAAAUGUUCUGCAUUGACACCUUUCGUAUAUC